AUGUCAGAGGAAAAAAAGUAUUACACAAAAGUUGAAAUUGAGUUAUGUCCUCUCUGUCACUUACCAAAAGACUUAUGUCCAUAUGGUCCAAAUGCUGCUAAAUGUACUAAAGCUCAAACAACAGAAGCAAAAACUGAAGAACAGUCUAAUGAAGAACAAAAAGGAGAAAGCAAAGAUGAACAACAACCAACAGAGUCAAAAGAAACAACUAAAAAAGAAGUUAAAAAGGGAAAAGAACAAAAGAAAGUUAUAAAAAUUAUGAAUGUCAAACGAAAUAAAAAACAGUCUGUGACAAAAAUUGUUGGAGUUUUACAAUUUGGUUUAAAACAACAAGACGUUUCUAAAUUCGUUUCAAAAAAAUUUUCAGUUGGUGCUAAUAUCGAUAAAACAGUUGGUGUUGAUUGUAUUAAUGUUCAAGGAGAUUUUGUCCAUGAAAUAGCUGAUAUACUUGCUGAACAAUUUAAAAUUGAUCCAGCUAAUAUUGAGUGCUAA